AAGCAGAGUACCUGGGUUGUCCUGAAGCCUCCAGCCAUCUGCCCACUGGCCAGGGCCUCUCUGGAGCAACCAUGAAGUCCUUCAUCCUGCUCCUUUGCCUUUCUCAGCUCUGGGGCUGCCACUCAGCCCCACAUGGUCCACUGGGCUAUAGGGAACCAAAUUGCGAUGACCCAGAAACAGAGCAAGCAGCCCUGGCAGCUGUGGAUCACAUCAAUCAAUUCCUUCUUCAGGGAUACAAGCAGAUCUUGAACCAGAUUGACAAAGUGAAGGUGUGGUCUAGGCGGCCCUUCGGGGAGGUGUAUGAACUUGAAAUAGACACRUUGGAGACCACCUGCCAUGCUCUGGACCCGACCCCUUUGGCAAACUGUUCCGUGAGGCAGGUGGCCCAGCAUGCUGUGGAAGGAGACUGUAAGGUCCAUGUGCUGAAACUGGAUGGCAAGUUCUCCGUAAUAUUUGCAAAAUGUGAUUCCACCCCAGACUCCGCGGAAGACGUGCGCAAGGUGUGUCCGAACUGCCCUCUGCUGGCCCCGCUUAACGACACCAGGGUGGUGCACGCUGUAGAAGCCGCUCUGGCCGCCUUCAACGCGCAGAAUAACGGCUCCUAUUACCAACUCUUGGAAAUUUCCCGCGCUCAACUUGUGCCUCUCCCAGUUUCUACCUAUGUGGAGUUUGCAGUGGCUGCCACUGACUGUGUUGCUAAAGAAGUCACAGAUCCAGCCAAAUGCAACCUGCUGGCAGAAAAGCAAUAUGGCUUUUGUAAGGCAACGCUCAACGAGAAGGUUGGUGGAGAAGAGGUUGCAGUGACCUGCACUCUGUUCCAGACGCAGCCCCAACCAGACACCAAUGUAGCAACCCCUGAAGCUGUCGUGGAACAAGCUACACCUGCAUCCCUUCCGGCUGGUCAGCCUGCAGCAUCCCAGGUGGUUGGACCUAUGGUGGUGUCACCCCCCAUAGGACCCCCGUCACACCGGGUACAUUACGACCUGCGCUAUGCCUUCUCAGGUGUGGCCUCAGUGGAGUCAGCCUCAGGAGAAGCGUUUCACCCUGGGAAAACACAGCCUGGUGUUGCUGGUGCUGCUGAUCCAUUGGUCCGCCCAUGCCCAGGCAGGAUCAGACACUUCAAGAUUUAGGCUAGACACAGUAGAAAUGGGAAGGUUUGACACAGAGAACUUAGCCACCAUUUUGUCCAGGUCUGGCAUGGGUGGGCCUUUUCUGUUGUCAAAGCAAGUGCCACAUGUGUUUAGAUCAACAUCAAAUCUUGAAUUCCAGCCUCUCUUCGUGCCUCAGAGGAUAGAAGCAGAGAGGGUGAAAGGCAUAGGCUGACAACUUGAUUGUCUUUGUCUUCAUGAUAAACCACUACCAUUAAGUUCUCUGCCUUCUGGUUGACCUCAUAAAAACAGUAGGAACUGUGACUUUGAAAGGUGCUCUUGUCAAACUUGUAUCUGACUAUUAAUAAAAAUGCCUGAAGGACCUUUCUUAAUAGAGAAGGUUCUAAA